AUGAGGAGAGAGCCAACGCAAGAAGAUCUCGCCCCGCCUCCUGGCCAUCACUCAAUUCGACGUGCAGGCUAUUUGGAACUGGAGUUGACAGACAAACCACGAAGCCCCUUACACGUCGGGGUGCGCAGCCCGGUCAAAAACCAAGAUCAGGCAGUCCAGGGAGAAUGCAUUGAGGGCGUUAGGGGUGCGGAUACAAGAGCGGAGACAGGCAGAGCAGCCAAAAAGACGCAAACGCGAGAAAGCAAGAGGCAUAUGGUCUUGCGGCACAUGGAAGCGAUUCACAGAUUGGGCGGUGCAGCGCAAAUGAUGCAUGGGAAGAAUGGCGAGGAAACUAUUAAGCAUGACGGUUGGAAGAUGGAUUUCUUCCGGAAGACGGAGAAGCAAGCAGCCCGAUGCCGCAUGAGAAAAACCCUAGGAGCGAAAAGCUUGCGGAAUGCGGGCACCACAGGUUCACGGCAGAUCGCUCCCAGUGGAAAUCACCGCGUAACUGCACGUGCCUGCACAGCAUAG